AACAAUAAAAACACAAUGUUACUACAUUUUUAGGAAUUGUUUUUCAUUAUCAAUGCACGAUGUCUGUGCCCUUGCGUAGCGUAGAAUUGUUGGACAUAAUGCAUUUUAAUAACUUGUGUUGCUAGUGAGUUCCGUUCAAUGCUUUUGUUAUUCAUAUUAGUAGCCACAUUCCUAUUGGUGUAUCAAGUCCUGUUGUACUGCAUUCGUAUAUACGCAAUUAAACUUAAAGUUAAACAAUGUUCAUUUCCUUCAAAUGUGUUACUGCUUUCGGAUUCGUCUGUAUGGUGUGGUUUGUUUUUGUGUUCGGCGAACUUCAGCCAAUUAUUUCGCCAGAAGAUGCCACUUUAUCACAGCAUAAACAAUUGGUUGAGGGCAUUGAUAGAAUAUGUCCUGAGCAUCGAUCAUCCAAAAUUUUAUUACUCUAUUAUGACGAUGUAGUGGUCACAUAUUCUUCAUUCUCAGGUGUAGCUCGUUGGAUACCAGUAUCUUUGGAAAGUGCUGAUCAUAAGGGUAUCGCAGAUAUGGGCAUAAAGUGUGUGAUUGGAUUUUUCAAUGGAACUGAUUCGCUGAAGGUAAUGAAAUAUUAAAUUUUUAGAAAGUAAUUUAAUGAAAAUUUGUAUUAUUUUGAUAGAUAGCAAAUCAUCACUAUCAUCUUUUGGUUACCAGAAUAUUCAUAUUUCCCGAAAGCGAACUGGAUAGCUUUUUAACCGUAGCUCCAUCGAUAAAAAGUUGUACACCGUAUUUGUUUGCUUACAAUCCUCACACAUUGAAUGGUUCGUGGAUUAUUUAUCAAUCAACAGAUAUCACUUGGACGCUUGAAGAUUUUCCUCGGUUCAAACAAAACAUGCGUGGCUACGAAAUAAGUUACCUUAGUACGGACUUGUUGCGUGAUAGUACGUACGAUAUAGAGAUAGGUGACACGAUCGCUCAGCGUCAUAAUGCGACUUUCAAACAGGUGUUGCAGUUUAUGCCCAGCAAAUGCAUUGAUAAUAUCUAUAGUCCUAUGUAUUUAGGAAAGGGUCAAUACAUUCCACUGCCGGAUACAAGUGAGUUGUGCUUCAUAGUACCAAAGAGCGCUCGAAAAUCAGUGUUUUUAGUUUUAAUAGAUCCCUACGAUCACUUCAGCUGGAUAGCAUUCGGACUGACUAUCAUUGCGAUAUCAUUGGUGUUGUUCUGGUUCAGUAAAUCUUCGAGACAUACCAAUAUCAUAUUAAUUGUUUUGGAGAUGCUUAUGAUUGUGCUGAACGGACCUACGCAUCAGUUAGAUGAUCGAUUUGAACGAUUCGUUGUAGGACUGUUUAUGUUACUAAGCAUCGUAGUGAUUUCCGGCUAUCAGUCAUUAGUGAUUUCGUUUAUAUCCUCACCUCGCUAUGAUCCUCAGCUGGACACAUUCGAAGCUAUUAAUGAUACUUGUUUGUUUAUGUAUGACCCAAGUUUGAGUAGCUUGGGAUACCAUUUCAAAAACACUCACUAUACUUACGAAGUGGUCGAGUCAACAGAGACUAUGUGGAAUGUGAAGUGGUGUGCAUUAGUGGCCUGUAGCGAGGCACAAUACGUCAUGACGCAUGUUGGUGACGUUGAUAAGCCCGGUAAGAUUGACCCAGGAUCGAUUCCACUAUACGACGAAGAACAAUGGAAAAAAAUGAAACAUCACUUGAAAUAUUUCCGCUACUCGAAGGCUCGCGUGCAAUCAAUGACGGCUAUGUACCAUGUAUCCGAUAAUUCUCCUGUGCGCCAUCAUUUGGCCUUCUACACACAGGCGUUCAUCGAAGGCCACUUACAAUACUAUCCGAUGCUGAAAAAUAGUAAAACUAAGCCAAGUGAAAUUUUAGAAGAGACUUUAGAAUCGGCAAAUGUAGAGCAAAUGAUUAUGAGGGAUUUGUUGAUCGCCUGGUUGCUUUAUUGCUUGGGAAUGUUGUUGAGCUUAGUAAGCUUCAUUGUAGAGAAGGCAGCGCUUUGUAUGAGAAAAUUUAAACGUAUCGCAAUUGAAAGGCACACAAAACGAAAGGAAUGCAAAAGCAUGUUUUUCAUACGAGUUAAGACCAAACUAAAAUUGGCAAAAAAGUAGUGAUAAUAAAUAUAA